AUGCCAAGAACAGGCGGAGACACAGAAUGUGAACGGAACGGGCUCGGACAAUGUUGUGAAAUAUAUUUGUCUAAUUCGCGGAAUUUGUGUUUAGAAUUUUAACUAACGUGUUUUUGUGCCUGAAAGCUGAAGGCUACGCACGUUGGGUACAGUAUUCAUUAAGGUUGGAAUAUGGCUGUGUCUGUCUCGAAUGACCUGUCGGUGAGUAUUACGACCGAUGUCAACGCGGAUAAACUGGCAGACAAACGUCAGGCAUUACGCGAGAGCAUCAGGAAAGGAGAGCCGAAGGCUUUUGGGGUCUCCCAGGUGAUGCUGGGGUUGCUGGUGAUGUCUUUCUCACUCCCCCUCCUUUUCACUGAGUUCACUGAGGUUGUGUCCUUCGGAGUGCCUUGGUGGAGCAGCUUAACGUUCAUAACGGCAGGAGUCAUUGCCAUAGUGCUGGAGAAGCGCACCAGUAUGAAAUCGCUGUGUGUGUGCAUGGGGAUGACACUGGUGGCAGCCUUGGUUUCCUUCCUGGCCUUCAUCUUUUACAUGAUCGACCUCCACAACAACCCAGAGACAGCCUGCAACGAGGAUGUGGGGCACAGAAGCUAUUUAGAAUCAAGCUGUGAAGAUCAGCACUUUGCUACGAUGAUGAGCUAUGGAGUGAAGUCGUCCCUCCUUUUCUUCACCAUGAUCCAGGUCGUGAUCUCGUCAUCGCUCUCAUACAUUCUGUUCAAGGAGAGGAGGAAUUAUGGACAAUAUGCAUCUCUGGGUCAAAGUUUUCCCAGCUAGCCAAUCUCAGCUACGGACAGUUGCUCCAAACGUUCCCAGGAUUCCCCAAUAUACUGCACAUUUGGCUUUGAAUGUGUGACAUGAAACUGUGGAAUAGGUGUGAGAAGUUGGGUAUGUGUCAAAAGUAUGCACAAUGUUGUAAUACAAUGCAGUUUUCAUUAUCGCUUUAGUUUCAUCUAAAACCCUCAUAUACUGUAUGUUUUGUGUAUUUGUUGCCUAAAUAAAAUAAUUAAAAUCA